AUACACAUUGCCGAUUGUUCCAAAUGUCAAACCAACCACGUAAUUCAAGAAAGAGACUGGCAUUCGAGGACGAGGAAGACGACGAGAGAUACAAUGCUGGGUCUUCUCCCAUGUUAGCAUCGUCUCCACAACUUCCACCCUCCUCACCUGCUAUUCCAUUUGAUGCUGAUGAAUUGGAUGAAGAAGAUGAAAUUCACAAUGACGUUGCUGAUUUAAACCCUAGUGACGAAGAAGACGGAGAUGAUUUAAUGGAGAAUUUGGAACGUGAUUACAGAGUUAACCCUGAACAAGAUCAUUAUAACUUGGGCGAUGAAAAUAUCGACGAUGAAGGAGACUAUGAUGAAUUGGAUGCUGCAACCAGAAGAAGAAUUGACGACCAAUUAAAUCGUCGUGAUGCUAUCUUGAAUAGAGCCAACAGAUCCAGAAGACAAGCAUUUUUAGACGAUGAAGGUGCUGAAGACCAAGAUGACGAAAUCAUGGAUCAAUAUGGGUUGCCUAUCCAAAGAAGAAGAAGAAGAUUUCAACAACAAGACGAGGAUCAAGAUGACUUCAUGGAUGAUGUGGAAAUUGAUCCUUUUAACGAAGAAUUAUCAUUGGAAAGUUUGACUGAUAUAAAGGCUCCAAGUAUAACAGAAUGGAUCUUACAACCUGCCGUUAGUAGAUCUAUUGCUCGUGAAUUAAAAUCAUUCUUGUUGGAAUACACUGAUGAAAAUGGUAGAUCUGUGUAUGGUGCCAGAAUUAGAACUUUGGGUGAAGUCAAUGCCGAAUCUUUAGAAGUUAGUUACAACCAUUUAGCUGAUUCCAAAGCUGUCUUGGCAUUAUUUUUAGCCACCAGUCCCCAAGAAAUGCUCAAGAUCUUCGAUAUUGUUGCCAUGGAAGCUACUGAAUUACAUUAUCCAAAUUACUCUCAAAUUCAUCAAGAAAUUCACGUUAGAAUCAUCAAUUUCCCAAAUCUUUUGAACUUACGUGAUUUAAGAGAAAAUAACUUGAACCAAUUAAUUAAAGUUUCUGGUGUUGUCACCAGAAGAACCGGUGUUUUCCCACAAUUGAAGUAUGUUAAAUUUGAUUGUUUGAAAUGUGGUACUGUUUUAGGUCCAUUCGUUCAAGAUGCAAACACCGAAGUUAGAAUAUCAUUCUGUACUAAUUGUCAAAGUAAAGGUCCAUUCAAGAUGAAUUCCGAAAAGACCUUAUACAGAAACUACCAAAGAAUAACAUUACAAGAAGCUCCAGGUACUGUUCCUGCUGGUAGAUUACCAAGACACAGAGAAAUCAUUUUGUUGUCUGAUUUGGUUGAUGUAGCUAAACCAGGGGAAGAUAUUGAAGUUGUGGGUAUAUAUAAGAAUAAUUAUGAUGGUAACUUGAAUGCCAAGAACGGGUUCCCAGUUUUCGCUACUAUAAUAGAAGCUAAUUCCAUUAAAAGAAGAGAAACAAGUGCAUUCAUGGGAGGUAUUGAUAGUAAUUUAGUUACCUUAUGGACUGAAGAAGAAGAGCGUGAAUUUAGAAAGUUGUCCCAUGAAAAGGGUAUAAUCGAGAAGAUUAUUUCUUCCAUGGCUCCUUCAAUCUAUGGACAUAAGGAUAUCAAGACUGCAGUUGCUUGUUCUUUAUUCGGCGGUGUCCCAAAGAAUGUUAACGGUAAAUUAUCAAUUAGAGGUGAUAUCAAUGUAUUGUUAUUGGGGGACCCAGGUACUGCCAAGUCUCAAAUUUUGAAAUAUCUUGAAAAAACCGCUAAUCGUGCCGUAUUCGCUACUGGGCAGGGUGCUUCUGCUGUCGGGUUGACUGCCUCGGUUAGAAAAGACCCUAUCACUCGUGAAUGGACCUUAGAAGGUGGAGCUUUAGUUCUUGCUGAUAAGGGUACUUGUUUAAUUGAUGAAUUUGAUAAAAUGAAUGAUCAAGAUCGUACUUCUAUUCACGAAGCUAUGGAACAACAAACCAUUUCCAUUUCUAAAGCAGGUAUUGUUACUACUUUACAAGCCAGAUGUGCCAUUGUGGCUGCUGCCAAUCCAAAUGGAGGCAGAUAUAAUUCCACUUUACCAUUAUCACAAAAUGUUGACUUAACCGAACCCAUCUUGUCCAGAUUUGAUAUCUUGUGUGUUGUUCGUGAUUUGGUUAAUCCAGAAAGUGAUGAAAGGUUGGCUAGUUUUGUUGUUGAUUCACACAUGAGAUCACAUCCUACCAAUGAAAUUGAAGAUGAUGAAGAUGAUGACACAGCUGCUACUGCUCAAAGAUCAAGAUCAGCUAAGAUCAACGACUUGAAUAAACAAAAGGAACAAGAAAUCUCACCAAUCCCACAAGAUCUCCUUGUUAAAUACAUUCAAUAUGCCCGUGUGAAGGUUCAGCCUAAGUUACAUCAAAUGGAUAUGGAUAAAGUUGCCAGGGUCUACGCUGAUUUAAGAAGAGAGUCGAUAACAACCGGAUCAUUCCCAAUCACUGUUCGUCAUUUAGAAAGUAUUUUAAGAAUUGCAGAAGCGUUCGCCAAGAUGAGAUUAAGUGAGUUUGUCAGUCAAAAUGAUUUGAAUAGAGCUAUUAAGGUGAGUAUUGAUAGUUUUGUUGGCGCUCAAAAGGUUACUGUCAGAAAACAAUUACAAGCUAAAUUCCAAAAGUAUACUUUGCCAACCAGAGCAAGGUGAUUUGGGGUGGGGGUAUUGGAUAUGGUUAUAUAGUAGCAAAUGCUUUUGUUUAUUUAGUUCUGUUGUGUAUUAUAAUUUGAUAUAAGUAGAAGUUUAUU